UGCCGCUAAAAAAGAGUCACAGAAAAGUGUUGAUAUUCCUCUAUUACUACGCAUUUCCGUCCCGGCAGAUCAUCCGAUGUCCCGUGUAACGAAAAUAAAGCACGUCCUCAAGGAGCAGGAAGCGGACGAGUUCGAUGUGCCGAAGGAAAACCAAAGCAUUGUGCGCAUCGUCGCCAGCCGCGGCAACAACCUGCACGAAGUGGAAACGGCGCAGGAGGGCGAAGAGCGGUUCCUGGUGUCGAUGCCGGUAAAGUUUCGCAAAAAUGUGUGGAUCAAGCGCGGCGACUUUGUGCUGGUGGAACCGAUCGAGGAGGGCAACAAAGUGAAAGCCGAAAUCUGCCGGAUACUGACGCCGGAGCACAUCAAGGUUUUCGAGCAAGAGGGCGUUUGGCCGCGAAAGUUCAGCAGAAAGCGCGAACUGGAGGAAGACGUGGAUGAGGACGGUCUCGUGCGGAACACGAACCGGAAGUUUGUCGCAGAGAACGAGUCCGAAGACGAUGAUAGCGAGGAGGAUUGAGAAGCAACGUCAAACGGACCGAUGAAUCGGUAGCAAUUUGCAUCAAUACGUUUAUUUUGUUAAAGAUUUAGAGGAUAGAAGUAUCAAAAAACGACUAAAGAUACCCAAUAUCUGUACAUU